CAAAUAUAAAAUAAUGGCUGGACUCUUUUCAAUACUAUUAUCAAUAACUAUGGUGAUAGGCCCUAUUGUGGGCUAUAUCGACCAACAAUCAAGUGCUGGUUUCAAUAUUAUAACUUGUGCUAUCCUUCUUUUCGCAAAGUUAGGAAAACGAUUUGAAGUAACACUACUUUUACAGUCUAUUGCAAUUAUUUUGGCAAUGUUAGUGUUAUUAGAAAUUGUAAUACGCUAUAAACAUGAUUCCAGUUUUGCAGUUCUUUAUAAUGAAUUGCAUCACUCAUUUUCUUCACUUGAAGAAGAAGAAGAAGAAGAAUGGUUAAUAGGACAAGAGGAAGAAAGACAAUCCAAUUCUAUCAGCAAAUCUUGUUGGCGUAUGCCAUUUUGGAACUGGGAUCAUUAUUUGGAUUACAUCAAUUGCUUAUUAGUCUUUACUACAUUAAUUGCACUCCUUUAUUUAUUAUUACGUCGAUAUUCAACUUUUAUUGAAAUUUUGGGAUUUCUUAGUUUAGGUAUUGAGUCUACACUUCCACUUCCUCAGUGUAUUUCAAAUUUUAAGCGUAAAUCGACUUCAGGAUUCAGUUUAUUAGUCUUAUUAACUUGGGUAAAUACGAGUUCGAUAUACAAACACUAUCAUGUAUUAUUCAAACUUUUUUUUUUUCUUCUUCUCUUCUCUUAGUUUCUGGGUGAUGGGUUUAAGUUGUUUUAUUUCAUUUUCAAUAAAUCACCACUCCAGUUUAUUAUUUGUGGUGCAAUACAACUUACCAUUGAUACAUUAAUUGUGUUUGAAUUUAUCCUUUUUUCGUCAUUUGUCAAAAGUAGACUUAGUAAAGAAAAUUGGAUCAAUAGAACAGGCAAUAAUAAUGAAUGUAAGUUAUUAUUUUAUAUACGCAUGUUACUUGAUAUCCAUUUUUAUUUUGUAGUAGAAUACGUUGAAGCCUAAAAAAAACAAAAGACAGAACAAGUUGUAAAUAUGUUACAAAAAAUAAACCUUGUUUUUGUGUGUGUGUGUGUGUAUGUGGGU